AGAAAAAGAAAAAUCUUUAAAUUUUUUGUCAAAUCUUGAAUGGUUAAUUGUUGAUGAAUGUGACAGAAUUUUUGAAGGAACUGAAGGGGAAAAUUCUCGAUAAAAUCCUCAAUUUUUGUUGUGGACCAAAUGUCCGUCACGGAUUUUUCUCAGCAACAUUUUCUUGUCAGGUAGAGAAUUGGUGUAAAGAAAAAUUAAAAGAAAUGUUGAUGGUUUGUAUUGGGCCAAGAAAUAGUGCAAAUGAAUUGGUUAAACAAGAAUUGGUAUUUGCUGGUUGGGAACAGGCAAAAGUUCAAAUAAUUAGAGAUAUUUUGAGAAAAAAUUUUGAACCCCCAGCUUUGAUAUUUUUACAAUGCCAAUUAGUAGUCGAAAGAUUUCGUUCUGGUUCAAUAGAUUUAUUAAUUUGUACAGAAUUAAUGGGACGUGGAAUUGAUUUUCAAAAUGUUAAUUUGGUUAUUAAUUUUGAUUUGCCAACAUCAAUUAUUUCUUAUAUUCAUCGAAUUGGCAGAACUGGGAGGGCUGGACGUGUUGGAAGGGCUAUAACUCUAUUUACGGUGUUUUUAUUAGAAUUUUUUCGAAAAAUAAGGAGCUUUCUGAAAGGAAUUUCUGGGGAAAAGUCUACGGACUUGGGUCCGCAUCAGACCCGUAGCCAGGGGGUAGGGGGAAUUCUCUCCAAAAUUAAAAAUUUUCUCCCUUGCCCCCCCCCCCCUCCCGAAAAAAAUCCUGGCUACGGGCCUGGAUAA